GCAGUAAUUUCACUAUCUAAUCCAUGGGAUUUUUCAAGCUAUUAUUGUGUUUAAAAAAAUAAGAUGACUGCUGCAGCAGUGCCAUUUGUAGAUGGAUGGGAUUUCGUUCAAACACUCGGAGAAGGUGCGUAUGGUGAGGUUAAACUCGCUAUUAACUCAGGAAAUGAUGAAGCAGUUGCUGUCAAGAUAAUUGACCUAAAGAAAGCACAAGAUGCAGCAGCAAUGGAUCUGAUUCGUAAAGAAGUUGGAAUACACAAAAUGUUGGAUCAUAAACACAUUGUGAAAUGUUACGGUACAAGAAAAGAGACAACACAUCAAUAUAUAUUUCUGGCAUAUGCAAGUGGUGGAGAAUUAUUUGAUAAGAUUGAACCAGAUAUUGGAAUGCCUCCUUCACACGCGCAAUCAUAUUUUAGGCAAUUAAUUUCAGGUGUCGAAUACCUGCAUUCUCUUGGAGUGACACACCGUGAUAUCAAACCAGAAAAUUUACUUCUCGAUGGAAAUAACAUUCUUAAGAUUGUUGAUUUUGGUUUAGCAACAAUAUUCAGACACAAAGGUAGAGAAAGAUUAAUCAAUAGAUGUUGUGGAACACCACCUUAUGUCGCACCAGAAGUAUUAGUACAAGAACCUUAUCAUGCCGAACCUGCAGAUGUGUGGUCAUGUGCAAUAGUAUUGGUCGCCAUGUUAGCAGGUGAACUGCCAUGGGAUGAACCAAGUGAUGGAUGCCAAGAAUAUUGUGAUUGGUUAGACAGAAAAGUCCAAUUAUCACCUUGGAAUAAAAUUGAUACAAUUCCUCUGGCCCUAUUGAGGAGAGUAUUGGUCGAAUCUCCUGAAAAACGUGCAACUAUUGCAACUGUGAAAAAGGACAGAUGGUUUGUGAAACCACUACCAUUCAAAAGAAGAUCGUCAUCAUCAUUUGACAAUUCACCACUCGCAAAACGACUGCUGACUGAUUCAGGAUCAAUCAAUAUUGCAGUGCAAGAUAGGGAUGCACUUUCUGUCACACAACCUGAACCUCAACUUAACAGCAGUUGCAAUGAAAUAUCUACAGUAUCAGUGGACAAUUUACUAACUCAUGCUUGCUUGUCACAGCCUGUCGAAAUAGAUAAUAUGCUACUUAGUUCUCAAUGGAUGAAUACACCAGCUACAACACAAAAUAUGUGGCAGAAACUUGUUAAACGUAUGACCAGAUUCUGGAGCAGUAAAACUACAGAAGAAACUAUUAAUGAGAUUACGAAAGUUUGCAAAAAGUUUGGGCAUUCUGUGAAGCAAAUGUCACCUGGUAUUCUGACGGUUUCUACUACGGACCGACGAAAAAACUCACUUGUUUUUAAAGUUUGUAUUAUUGAGAAUAAUUCCAGUGAUAACCAGCGCUGUCUGGUGGAUUUGCGCUUGUCGAAAGGAGAUGGUCUCGAAUUUAAACGACAUUUCAUGAAAUUUAAGAAAUCAUUAAAUGCAAUUGUCACCAAACAACCAUCAAUAUAUGGGACCGAAGUGGCGAAAGAAAAUUGAGAUAUGCAGAGUAAAACUGUCUGAAAAUGGAUGUUAUGCAUAUCUAACAUGCUAAAGACAGGUAUUAAGUGGGUUGAUUGCAAUACUUGACAAAACAUUUUGAUGUACGAAGCCAUUGCAAUACUCAGAGGUGAUUGUUGAAAAUUAAAACUAUGAUCAUGAAAUGUUAGGUUGUGUACUAUGGAGUUUUGAUUGC